GGCGUCCUUUUGAUCUUCAUAACCUUAAAUAAACCCGUCAUGCCAUACGAUCACCUAAUAAAUUAGUACUUCAGUAAUUAGUAAAUUUAGUAGACUGUCCAUUUUAAAAAGACGUUACUACUGAUCAAUAAAUUUGAAUUCAAAGCCCAAAUUCAGCAUUUUCCUUUAGCGGAAUAUCAUGGCAUCUCUCUAAUGUCUGACAGUUUCUCUAUCUAGCUGGCAUGUCAGUUCUGAAUUUAGAGAUUUUGAUCGCAUUUGUUUUGUGGCAACUUUUCCUCUUCUCAAAAUGUGUGUGAAAAUACCCAGAAAAGUUGCUUAAUUCUCCCCAAAAGCUAUAAAAUCUAGUCAAAACUGUCCCAGUGAACUAUUCUACCGUCUCGAGGAAGAAGGAUAAUUUUUGGUUCAUUGUGAUUUCCGCCGAGAUAAGGCAACCACAAUUGAACAUGCAGAGCAUGGCAUUCUGGUGGGACGCCUCACUGGGGCAGUUCAUCUUUCCAGGAUGGAAUGUGGUGUCUCUCGGUGGAUUCAUCGGCGUAUGCAUCCUCCUCAUCUGUCUGGCCGUUUUCUACGAAAUCCUCAAGGUCCAUCAUAUCUUCAUUCGUCUCCAGGGGCUCCGUCGCUCGCAUACUGUGUCACCACGAACACAAUGCGCCCCACCGUCUGGAGAAUCAGACACCCUCCUGACGGAGCAUGCUGUUGUCUUUGGUAGCCCACACGCCAGGAAGGUGAUUCAGCUGUGCAAGGAAGCUCUUGUCUUCCUCUUCCACACCACACUGGGGUACUUUCUCAUGCUGGCCGUCAUGAUGUACAAUGGCUAUGUCUUUUUGACCGUUGUAAGUGCCCUGACACUUGCCUACUUCUUCCUCGGACACAUCUCCAUGCGCCUCCACAUGGAACACAUCCGAGCACGUCAUCUCACCAUCAGAUGCUCCCCCAGAUGUCCAAGUGAGACCCGUUCCCCUGAAACACCACACGACAGCACCCCAGGAACAUCCGGAAAUGACGACGGCACACAAUCAACGAGUCCUGGAAGUCCAUCCAGGAAUAAAAUUCAAGUUGUUGCCGAAGAGAUUGCAAGCCGCAUUUAAAGUAAAGCUAUACUGAAUCUGGGCCAAAAUUCUGUAACCUCAUGUAUUAUAUUUUAUAUUUGAUAUAUAUUCUAUGUGUUGAUCUUCCAUAAA